GUGUUUGCAUGUGGUGCCCAGUUCCAGAUCCAUAAAACGCCCGUCAUUAUUGGCAGUUUUGGUGCAUCGGCGGUGCUGUUGUAUGGUGCGAUUGAUUCACCUUUGGGGCAACCGCGCAACGCCUUUUUUGGGCAUUUUUUCGGUGCCUUGGUGGGCGUGAUUAUCUCUCAAUUGUUUACCCAAGUACCCAAAGAUUGGGUAUCUGAGGGUCAAGAGCAUGCUGUUAUGUGGGUUGCCGGAGCCACAGCGAUGGCAUUGACGUUGGUUGUUAUGCAAGUCACUAAGACGGUGCAUCCGCCUGGGGGAGCCACAGCCCUGAUUGCGGUGGUACAAGAUACGGCGGUGGCCAUGAAAUGGUACUACAUUGGCAUUGUGGUGUUAUCCAUCUCAUUGCAGAUCUGUAUUGCUACUCUUAUCAAUAAUAUCGAUCGUCGUUACCCUAUCUAUUGGUGGUCACCCAAGAAAUUUCCAAUGACGUUCGAUCCCACUACUGCUUCCACAGUGAUA